AUGGAUCCCACCUUCUACCGCACGCCGGCCGACGCCAUGGCCGCGCCGGCCGAGCAGCUCGCCUACGUCGUAGGCCUGGAUCCAGCGCACAAAAAGGAAGAAGCCAUCUUCGUCGUCGACCUGGACCGCUCGUCCAGCAGCUACGGGCGGGUCAUCCACGCAACCAAAGUGCCGGCGGGCAGCGAGCUGCACCACUUCGGCUGGAACGCGUGCUCCAGCGCGCUCAAGCACGAGGGCCACGACGCGACCAACCUGCAGCGCCGCUACCUCCUCGUGCCGGCCCUGCGCUCCUCCAACAUCUUCGUCGUCGACACGGCGCCCGACCCGCGGCGCCCGUCGCUCGUCAAGACCAUCCCGGCCGCGGCGCUCGCCUCCCAGGCCGGCUACUCGCGCCCGCACACGGUGCACUGCGGGCCGUCCGGCGUCUUCGUGACGUGCCUGGGCAGCGGCGGUGCGACUGCCAGUGAUGACGGCAACGGGCCGGGCGGCAUCGCGCUGCUCGACCACGACUCGUUCGACGUGGUGCGCGCGUGGGAGACACAGCGCGGCCCGCAGCACUUCCACUACGACGCGUGGUGGCACCUGAACCGCAACACGCUCGUGUCGAGCGAGUGGGGCAGCCCGGCCAUGUUCGAGGACGGCUUGGUGCCCGAGCUACUGCUGGCGAACAAGUACGGCCACGCCCUGCACUUCUGGGACUUGGGCCGAGGGCGGCACGUCCAGCGCAUCGACCUCGGCGAGGAGCACCAGAUGGUGCUGGAGGUCAGGCCGUCGCAUGACCCCGAGGCGACGUGGGGGUUCGUCGGCGUCGUCGUGUCGACGGCUGACUUGUCUGGGUCCAUCUGGCGCUGGUAUCUGGACGAGGAGGAGAGCGAUGAGGGGAAGCGGUGGAAGUUGGAGAAAGUCAUCACUAUUCCGGCGCAGAAGGUGGAUGAUGCGAGCAGCCUGCCGCCCCUGCUGCAGCCGUUUGGCGGCGCAGUGCCUCCUAUCAUCACCGAUAUCGACCUGUCCGUCGACGAUCGCUACUUGUAUGUCUCAUGCUGGGUCACCGGCGAACUCAAGCAGUACGAUGUCAGCGAUCCGAAGCACCCGAAAGAGACGGGCAGCGUUCGCCUGGGCGGCGUCUUUGACCCAGCGGCACAUCCGUCGCGGCCGGACCAACCAUUGGGAGGGGGACCCCAGAUGGUAGAGGUUAGCCGCGAUGGUCGCCGCAUCUACUUCACUAAUUCAUUGUACUCAUCCUGGGAUGACCAGUUCUAUCCAAAAGGCGUGGGAGCAUGGAUGGCAAAGGCGGACGUGCUUCCGGGAGGGGGAUUGAAGGUAGACAAGGACUUCUUCCUUAGCGACGGGGACUUCGAAGGGUUGCGGGUGCAUCAAAUUCGUUUGCAAGGAGGGGACGCCUCGACGGAUUCUUACUGCUAUCGCUCAGCAACUCGGGCGAACAUUUGA